CUUCUAUAUCACGUGAAAAUCACCGUUAGCCUCGUUUUGAUGGAAAAGGAAGCAAAGCAUUGAAGCAAAGCAGAAGUUGUGGCAGCUAUCACAAUUCUUCGAGAAGGCAGCGUGGAAAAAUCUUUCAAAAAGCAAGAUGCCAAAGUACGAGUUUGAAGUGGCAAUGACGUGUGGGGGUUGUUCGGGAGCUGUGGAAAGAGUCCUCAAGAAGAAAGAAGGUGUGAGUAAUUUUGAAAUCAGCUUGGAGAAACAAAGAGUGUGGGUUGAAAGUGAUCUCCCAUCUGAUGAUAUUUUAGCAACCAUUUCAAAGACAGGGAAGAAAACAUCAUAUAUUGGAACAGCUUGAAUUGGUUAAAAGUGAACUUAUCAAGGACAAGUAUAAUGCUUGACUAAAAAUAUGAGUUCAAGAAUGGAAAAUAAUGAGAUUAGAUUUAA